AGUGACUUUUUAAAAGGAAAUGGAAAGUGUUUUUUUGGGACGGAUGAAAAAAGAAAGGAGAAGUUUUAGGGAGUGUUACAUUUAUUCUUCAUUCCAAACAAUAAGAAAGUAAGAAAGAAAGAAAGAAAGAAUGGACAACUCCACUGCCCUGAACCUCUUCUGUGUGACAACACUCUUCACAUUGGCCAUAGCUACUACCAUCAUCAUCCUGCGUCGGCCCCGCAAGGGACGACAACCCGCCCCGCCAUCACCGCCGCGGCUGCCGGUCAUAGGCCACCUCCACCACCUCCUCUCCACCAUGCCGCCCCACCACGCGUUCGCGCAUCUUGCCAAGAAACUGGGCCCCAUACUUCACCUGCAGCUCGGCCAAGUCCCGACCGUGGUCGUUUCUUCCCCUCGGCUGGCCGAACUGAUCCUGAGGAGCCACGACCACGUCUUUGCUAGCAGGCCACAGCUCGUUGCGGCUCGGUGUCUGUCGUUUGGCUGUUCUGACAUCACUUUCUCCCCACACGGACCGUAUUGGCGACAAGCCAGGAAGGUGUGUGUGACAGAGUUGUUGAGUUCGAAGCGGGUUGAGUCUUUCGUGGUCAUUAGAGAUGAGGAGGUGGGACGAUUGGUGGAGACCGUGUCCGUGUCCGUGCCCGUGUCCGGUCAUUCUGAAUCUGGGGUGGACAUGAGUGAGCUUUUCUUUGCCCUGGCGAACAACGUCCUUUGUAGGAUGGCCUUUGGGAAGAGGUUUAUAGGCGAUGGUGAUGCGCAGAGGAAGCGCGACUUGGUGGGUGUUUUGACGGAGACGCAGGCGUUGCUCGCCGGGUUUUGCCUGGGAGAUUUCUUUCCCAGGUGGGAGUGGGUCAAUUUGGUCAGUGGGAUGAAGAGGAGAUUGAUGAACAACUUGAAGGAUCUGAGAGAGGUGUGUGAUGACAUCAUAGAUGAUCACCUGGGGAGGAUGGAUAGAACCAGAGAAGACUUUGUUGAUGUUCUGCUCAGGAUUCAGAAGAGAAAUGACCUUCAAAUCCCCAUCACUGAUGACAAUCUCAAGGCUCUUGUGCUGGACAUGUUUGUGGCCGGGACAGACACGACAUCAUCAACGCUGGAAUGGACGAUGACAUCACUGGCUAGGAACGAAAGGGUGAUGAAGAGAGCACAAGAUGAAGUAAGGAAGGCCAUAGGGAACAAAGGGAGAGUAGAAGAGAGUGACCUUCAACGCCUCAAUUACCUCAAAGCAGUGAUCAAGGAAACCAUGCGGCUCCACCCGCCCGUUCCUCUUCUAGUUCCUAGAGAAUCCAUGGAGAAAUGCACCAUUGAUGGGUACGAAAUACCUGCCGGAACUAGGGUCCUAAUCAACACCUACGCCAUGGGGAGGGACCCGGAUUCGUGGGGCGACCCUUUAGCGUACUAUCCUGAGAGGUUCUUGGAGCAAGAUAUCGACUUCAAGGGUCAAGAUUUCAGGUUUCUGCCGUUUGGAGGAGGAAGAAGGGGUUGUCCCGGUUACGCUCUGGGACUGGCAACGAUUCAGCUCGCGCUGGCUCGUCUGCUCUAUCACUUUGACUGGACACUGCCACCUGGAGUGGGCCCAGACGACGUGGACUUGACCGAGACUUUCGGGCUGGCUACCAGAAAGAAGGUGCCUCUGAAACUUGUCCCAACAGUCAUUAUGCCUCCUCCUCCUCCUCCUCCUCAGCAUUGAUAUAUAACUGCACUAACAGGAAAGUUAGUAAGUUAAUAAAGUGUGGACAUGCUACAGCAAGAAAAAAGGGACUGAUUGGGGAUGGACGGCGGCAGCGGCUGCCGAAUUUGGAUGGCACAUUGGAACGGCACCGGCGGCGCAAGCGUCUAAUUUGAGAGAAUUGAGACAAAACUUGAGCAGUUUAGGGGCUGCCGACCGAGUGGAGAAGCAUUCCAAGUAUGAUUGUAGGUAGUAGAAAGUGCUCCCUCCUUCACCAAACUUUCUAUUCAAAAAAUAAAUAGUAUUGCGAUAU